CACAAGCACAAGCCCGCAGCAUUACCACACUCUCCCCGCCACUCGCCUCCUCUGAGCUGCCUGCUUGUUCGAGCUCCCACGGCUCCAGUGUCCCCGACACAUCAGCCGCUCCCUCCACUCGCCUUCCUUUUUGACGUUCCAGGAUCAUCCAUGGCAUCCAAACCAAGUAGGGAAGACUAGCAUCGAACCCGCUCGUCACAGGAUCCAACCGCCUAAGAAACAAAGCAGCCGUGGCGACCUCCUAGAGGAGUCAACCAGGAACAAGAAGGCAUCAAGCAUGUUGCCGUAGGUGGGAGGGGGAGGGCAAGGGCGCAAAAAUGGCAACAACCAUGGCCGGCGAUGGGAUGCGGCGGCGGUGAGCGCAUGGAGGAGGACGAGGCGGGGACGGCGUCGUCGUCGUCGUCGCCGCCUAUUGUGCAGCUGGGCUACGACCAGGUCUUGUCCGUCCUCCGUCUGCUCCCGCCCGAGGCCGUGCUGUCCUUCGCCGCCACCUGCCGCGUUUUCCGGGCCUGGGCCUCCUCGGACGCGCUCUGGGAGGCGCUGUGCUGCCGCGACUGGGGCUCCCGCGCCACCGCUGCGCUCGCCGAGCGCCGGCGCGACCGCGGCGGCGGCCUUCAGGCGCCGUGGCGGAGGGUCUACGCCGAGGUCGCCAGGCUCGGCGCGCUGUCCGCGCGACGCGUCCCCGCCAGGGGCGCCUCACCGCGGCCCCGCGCGUCGCACUCACUUAACCUCGUCGCCGGCUGGCUCGUGCUCUUCGGCGGCGGCUGCGAGGGAGUUAGGUCACCAUCUUGAUGAUACUUGGGUGGCUUAUGCUGGAAGUGGAGCUGGAAAUAGGCCGCCCCCUAUACUUAGCUGGCAGCAAUUAGCAUCCGGCACUCCAGGUGGUCGUUUCAGUCAUUCUUGCCUUCUAGUUGGUGACACAUUAGUCUUGUUUGGUGGAAUCACAGAUCAGGGACAGCGUUUGAAUGAUACAUGGACUGGUCAAAUCAUCUGUGAAGAGCCUCGAAGGCCACGGAUCUCAUGGAGAUUGCUGGAGGUAGGUCGGCUUGCACCACCUCCACGUGGAGCUCAUGCAGCCUGCUGUGUGGAUGACAAGUUUAUUGUCAUUCAUGGUGGGAUAGGGCUCUAUGGAAGCCGGCUUGGUGAUACAUGGCUUCUUGAUCUCUCAAAUGGCCUUCAGUCUGGCAGCUGGCACCAAAUAGGCAACACAUGGCCUUUGCCUCAACCUCGUUCUGGCCACUCUUUAACUUGGAUUGGCAGCACAUGCAUGGUAUUAUUUGGUGGUAGAGGAUCGGAAUUUGAGGUUCUUAAUGAUGUCUGGCUGUUUGAUAUCAGUGAUCAAUACCCCAAAUGGAAGGAGCUAAAGUAUGGCUUGUCUAGUGCUCUUGGUGAGCUUCCUUUUCCACGGGUUGGGCAUUCAGCGAUACUUGUGUUGGGUGGCAAGGUCCUUGUGUAUGGCGGGGAGGACUCACAAAGGCGACGAAAGGAUGACUUUUGGAUCUUGGAUACACCAGCUCUACUUCAAUACGAGUCAGGUUCCAAGAAAAUGACCAGAAAGAUGUGGAAGAAACUAAGAAUUGAUGGUCAGUGCCCAAACUACCGAUCCUUCCAUGGGGCAUGUGUAGAUGCUUCUGGUUGCUGUGUGUAUAUUUUUGGUGGAAUGGUUGAUGGCCUUGUACACCCUUCAGAAGCCUUGGGCAUGAGGUUUGAUGGGCAUCUGUAUCAAGUGGAGCUCGUGCUACAUCUUUAGGACGUGUUUGUUCCCUUGUAUAUCCGAGAAAUUCCAUAGGUUUGAUGUUUAGCGUCUGGUGUAGUACCAUGUCACCCAGGUUUUCAACAUUGUAAGGAUACUCCAGAUGGUGCCUAACGGUCGUUUGCGCAUGGAUGCUUGCGCACAGCUGUCGCUGAUCUGUGAAAGGAACAGUGACCCUUGUAAUUUUGGCCUGAUGUGUCUGCAUAUGGCCAUAUGGGUUUGAAUUGUCAUUCCUUUGUCAGAUUCAUAUGUUCCAAAGAAUGUCCGUCAAUACCAUCUGGAGCAGAUGGUUGUUUUGCUACCUGAUGAGCCAUCAUAUAGUCAUGGGAAGAGAGAGAAAGAUAUUCUUUUCCACAAUAAUCCAAUGCGCGAGGAUUGCUCGGGACCAUAUGGAGCUGCUAUUGGAUCUUUGCAUCCCAGUCACAGGUUAGCUCAAUGCAGGAGAGGACCAUGUCCCAUUCAACCCUUGGGUUCACAUGCACAGAACCUGUUAUUUGUAUUUAUCUAAUGAUGGUGCAUGAGUCAUAUUGGCAUCACCAAGCAUCAGAAUUUCUUCCAAAGAUGAAUGCUGGUUUGAUCUUUGGUCCACCAGCACUCGAUAGUCAUGUCUUGCGCGCAUUAAUUCUGCGAUAACAGGACCGAUGAUUGCUUGGAUUAUUUCAGAUUAUGGACCAUUUGCAGUAUGAUUGCUCGAGAGAAAUCUGGAGCUCCUGUUCAGAUCCACUUUGUGACAGCAAGGCAUGCUUCAGCAUGAAGAUCCAUGUAUGAUACCUCUGAAAGGUUUACUUAGGCCUAGACUCAGUUUGUCUCUGAUUCUGUACAUUCUUGAUAGAUUAUAUUUGCUCAAGAUGUUGUUUCAGUGCAGCAUUCAACUGCAAAUUUUAUUGCUGGAUGAAUCGCUAUCCACUAGUACA